CAUUUUGUUUUCAGUGCGUAUUUAACCUCCAAAUGUCAACAAAUUUAUUAUGGUAAACGUCAGUACAGUAUAUUAGCAAAAUCUUAAAUAAAAAUGAGUAAUUGUGCAUAAAAUUAAAAAUGGAACAAGUUCGCUUAUUAGUUAAAGAACAAGGUCGCGAGGCUCGUAAUCUUUUAACUUUUAAUAUUUCAGCAGGCAAAGAUUUUCGCUCCAAAGUGUCAGAGAAACCACCCUGCCCUCCUAGGAUAGCUGACAAUAUUCAGUCUUCAGAGCCAAUAUAUAUGAGAGGGCGAAGUGGUGCGCGAAUUCGUUCUGCUUCUACAGGUCGCGAUAAGAAAUCAGAAUUAAGAGCUAGGUAUUGGGCUUUGUUAUUUGGCAAUUUGCAGCGCUCUAUUGCUGAAAUAUACAAUACUGUGGAAACACAUGAAAGCCUAACUGAAUGUCAAGAGGUAUUACUUGUCCUUGAAAAUUACUUGCGGGAUUUUUCUGCCUUAGCAGAUUGGUUUAAACUUAAAUGGGAUUAUGAAAAUACUCCAGCCCCACAAAAACCAACUUCACUUGCUUGGGACAUUUGUAAAACCAACUUAGGAAGAACAAAUAGAUCUGGAAAGAGCAGCCCAAUUCUAGGAAGUAGAAGUAAUAGCCCCAAUGUUACAGGAAAAAUUAGUCCCAGAGCUUUUUGUUCAAAAUGUAAAUCUGGUUUGUCGUGUCCAUCAAGUCCAUUGCCAUCAAUUGAUCAACCAAUUUUUGAAGGAAAGCCUUUAGAAACAACUUUAAAUACUGGAACAACUUUUGGAAAAUCAGAUGUAGUUGUCGGUAUAGAUACAGGAGGAAAAUCAGUAGAUGUGUCAUGUUUCACAGGAGAUAAACCCACUAUAUCCAAACCUGAAAGUUUGCAUAAAGAACAACCAAAAAUUGAAAAUGCUAAUUCACAGAAAACUGAAUUGAAGAUGACUGAUGUUAAGUCAAAAGCUGUUAAUAAAAUAGCUUCCAAAAUUUCCAAUACUAUAAAAAAAGACAAAAAUGCUGCUAAUACCACAGCUUGUUUUAAGAAAACAGGUGAUGAUUUAAGGCCUAUUUCAAAAGAUAAAAACAAAACUGAAAAUAAAGGUCAUGCAACAACCAUGGAUAUUAACGCUGGUGAGACUGGACACGCAAAAUUUGGUGGAGCUUUGGAUUCUAGUACUCCUAAAGAAAAGGAAAAUGCUACUAUGACCUUAGCAUCUGCAAAUGUAUCACUAAUAAUAGACAGUACUGAAUCUGUGUGUCUUGAACAAAAGAAACAACAUUUUGAUCUCAAGCUUCCACAGAACAUUCCGCUGAUAUGCAACAAUGAAAGUGAACAUGUAGACUCCCCAAGUGAAGACCAAAGAACCUAUGAUAUUUUGAGAAAAGUUGGAGUGGAGAGUGCUGAGAAAAGUACCAGCACUGAUGAUUUUCCAAGGUUGCCCGCAAGAAAAGGAAAUGUGAUUAAAGUAAGUCAGGAGUGUCAAACAGAUGUGGAAAGUGAAUUUGAAAACAAGGAUCCACAAAAAACAGACAUUGAAAGAAAAGUGGUUCCCACUCAAUUAGCAGCCAUCCCCAAAGCCGGAAAAUCCGAAAUACAUAGUCGAACAAUCCCAAAAUCAUCAACAGUGGUACGCCCCCCUUAUUCAGUAGCACUCACAAAAAGCGCAUCUGCUAAAGUAGUUCCAACUAGACCCAAAGUGGAAAUUAGACAUACUAUUUCCAGUUUAAGAGCUGUUGUCACUCAAAAGUCUUUAUCCAAAACUUCAUGCGGAAGGGAAGACAGGUUUGGAAGUAAUGUCAGGUCAGGACUGAUGAGAAGUCAAACUGUUAGCGAUAUGAAAUCAACAUUAAAUCAUCCUGGACCAAAGCAGAAAGUGUCCCAGACCACUAACAAUGAUGUAAAAUCAUCCUCAAUUAAAUUGCCAGCAAAGCGACUACUACUGCAGAAAAGCAAAACUACUCUCACCAAAGAAAAUCUGUCCAAAUCUUUAUCUUUAGAAGAAAAUGCCAGUUCUGUAGAGACGUUGGUGAAUCAAAGUCAUUCCAGAGACAAUAUAAAUGUUACAAAUUCUAGUAACAGUAUUGCCAGUUCUCAGGAAACCUUGAAUAAUGAAAAUGUUUCCCAACAGGCUGAUGGAUGGUUUACAGUCAAAUGUCGUUCGAGACAUAGACACAGCAAUAAUAAACCACGCAGGUCAGACACUGGUUUGACAUGGGCAACAAGAUUCCAUCAAGUUAGUGCCACAGCCAGUCUGCCAGCACUAGCACUACUUCCUGAAACUCCUGAAAAUUCAAAAUCUCAGAAAUCUCUGGAGAAAAGUGUUAAAGAAAACCUAAAUAAUCUUAAGUCAUUAAAGAAAUCCGCCGAUAAAAUUGGGGGAAUAGAAAGAUCACAAUCAAACUUGACAAAGUCCUCGUUAAAUAACAAUCAUUCAGUGCAGCAGAAAAACAAAUUUAAUUUAAAUAUUAAGAAGAAUACUGAUUGGAAAAAAAGGGAAAAUGAAAAUCAACAAGAAUUUGAUUUGGACUCCGAAACUGAUGAGGAAGUUAAAUUGAAAGAAAUGCAAGAGGAUAUGGCCACUGAGGAAGAGCAUAGGAAAAAAACCAAAGAAUUAAAUGAUGAAGAAGACAGACUGCAUAAAGAAAUUGAAGCAUUGAAAGGCCUAGAUAUAGAAGUUGAUACUGAAACAGAUGGUACUGAAACUGAUGGUGAUGAGUUGCAAGGUGAUAUUGAUGAUUGUCCAAUCUCACUGUUGGAUGAUGACCAUGUAUCAUUGGAAGCAAGAUAUGAACCUAUGUUAGCAGAGAUGUCAUGGAGUGACAGAAUUGACACUUUAGCAGCUCUAGAAGCAAUAAAUGCAAGACAUCCAGGUAGAGCUUUGGAGCUACAUCAAAAACUCUCAAAUCCGCAAAGGAAAGUUAAUCUAGCAGAAGCUGUAAGGAAGUAUCAAGCCAAACAGGCGAGAGCACAACAGAGACGUCAAGAUUUAGCUUUAGAAAAGGCACAAAAGUUGCAAGCAUUAUCAGCUAGAGUUGAUGAUGUAAAAGCUGCUAAGUUACAAUUAAUUGAGGAGAAAAGAAGGAGAAUGGAGCUAAGAUUACAAAAGGCAGCACAAAAUCGCAAGAAGCACCUUAAAGGGAUUGUCAAAAAAGCUCAUGAUGAGGAAGAGAAACUGAAAGAAAUUGCAUUUAUCAACGAACUUGAGGCACAGAAUAAAAGGCACGACUUUCUACAGUCUUGUCAGGAGCGUCGUGGUAGAAUUCAAGGUAUUCAUGAGGAUAGAAGAAAAAAGCAAGAGGAGAAGGCGGCCAAGGAAGCAGCUGUAGAAGAAAGAAGAAAGGCUUUGGAACGGGAAAGAAUAGAACGUUUGGAUAGACUGCAGGACGAGAGGAGGCAAAGAGAUGAACGAAUUGGUCAGCAACAGUUGCAAAGAGAAAGAGAAAGGCAGGAGCUUGCCAGAGAGAAGGCUAGAGAUAGAGAGGAAAGGUUGUCGGCACUGCAUGAAAAACAAUUAGCUUCCACCCAGGAGCUUCAAAAACGCAUAGAGCAAAAACAAGAGGACUCCAAGCGUAGACAUGAAGAAAAUAUGGAACAUAUCAGACAAAGAGCUUUGGAGUUAUCUAUUCAUCGUUGUCAUCAUGAUGACAAUCAGGCCCCAAAUAUGGUACCGUAUACGACGCAAAAAUUGUGUACAGUGUGCAAUGUGCUCAUAAAAUCUGAAGUCUAUCUAAUGAGCCAUCUCAGAGGCAGAAUGCAUCAAGAAGCUGUCAAGCAAGCAAACCCAGAUUCAAAUGGUUUAACAUCGAAUGAAUUGGAACAGUAUAAUUUAAAACAAAUUAUCGAUGCACCUGUGGGUAAAGAAGAUCCAAAAGAAAUAGCUGUAAAGGAGCGUGGGAAAACAUACAGAAAAAGAUGCAAGAAGAUCAGACAGAGAAUGGCAGUCAAGGGUGCAGAAUAUGAAACGGCCUACAAACCAGUUGUAACAGAUGGUACAAACAAAAGGAGUCUCAAUCGAAACAUUAACACCAUUGGCACCUUGACCAAUCAAGCUAAUCAAGGAUUAUCACCGGCUAGUUUAAGUCAACUCGAUAAAAUCCUUAAUGAACUAUCUCGGCUAUUAGCUAAAGGGAACGGAAAUGAUUUGUUGAUGUUCCAAAGUGUUGGUGGUUUUGGAGUUUUGGGCAAGCUGCUAGCAUUAGGCCAGGAAGGAAAUAGCUCCAUUUCAGUCAAGACUCUUAUUAUUUGCUGCAGUCUGUGGCAGAUAGCUUGCAAGGGUUUGGAAGGUGCCAAGAAUUGCGAAUAUGUAAUUUUAGCCAAUAAGCUAACUCCUGUUAUAGACCUUCUGAACUCAAGGUUGCAGGAUUUGGGGGAUUUUGAAGAUUCUCUUCCAUCCGAUCCACUCAGUACUGCCCUUAUGCAACUGUUGGCGUUAGUCUUAAAAAAUGCUCCAAAAACAACACCAACAAGCAGAAUACAAGAUGUCUUAAGUUUUUCGGUUUGCGUCGGAAUCGUAGAGCAAUUGGCGCGCUGUUGUUUGGCAGUAAGGGGUCCUGUCCACGACACAGCACCUGCUUGCUCAUUUCUACUGGCGGCACUAGAAUUUCUAGCAGCUCUUGCCGACCAUUGUCCCGAGGAUUCGGAUCCCACUCAUUUGAUUAGUACGCUUCAUGGUACGGAACUUUUGGGUUGCGUGUCUAUGCUGUACGGUUCCCUAUUGCCACCCGACUCCACCCCUCGAGUCGAAGGUCAUAUCCCUCCACCAAUUCCGCCACUAUGUCUAAAUCUUGCCACCGCUACUGUGCGAUUGUUGAGAAGAGUUGCCGAGUUGGAUCUCAACAAAUUUCAAGAAGUUCUCGGUGCCGAAGGUAUAUCCCUUCAAUUCAGACACAUAAGCAGCCAUCUCUUGUGGUGCUGUGCUGUUCCUACCAUACCAAAAACCAAUGCAAAAGAAUCUGACAGCAGCGCUAAAGCCUACGAGGAUCUUUUGCACGAGGUCAUUAUGGUUAGCGGUUAUUUUGCAAUUGGAAACGUUGAAAAUCAGAUGUUACUAGUUAGUGGUCAGCCUCCAUCCGUCCUACAGCAACUGUGCUCUUUGCCUUUUCCUUAUUUUUCCGUUGAAACUUUAUCUGUCGUUUUAUAUCCCACACUGCUGGCGUGUUGUGUAGGCAACGAACAUACAACAGCUUUGCUUAAACAAGAACUGUCAUAUGAUAUUUUGGAAGAUUUUCGAAAAUCCGCCUGUGGAAAAGAACAUCGGCUUGUAAAACUACUUGACAAAAAUUAAGAAGCCAACAUAGUAUUAACUAUUUUAUUACAAAUCUCGUUUUCGUGCAAUCGGAUAAUACUUCGAUCCUGUAGUGAUAAAAAUAAUUAUAGUUGUAACCAUAUAUUUUUACAACUUUCCUAAUAUUAUAUUAAAAAAUUGAUAUAUAUUACCCGGUUCAACAAACAACUGGUCCGACUCAACCAAGUGCAUUAUUACUGAUCAAACUGAAUCUACAGCAUUACAGUAUGAUACAGUUUAGUGAGCGAUGCACUUGUGAGUCAUUCAGUAACGUCACUAUUUAAAAAUAUUAAAAUAGCCAAUAGCUUAACUGGCGCCAUUGUGUGCAUCUAAAUGGUUAAAAAGGGGGGUAGUGGGGGGAUGUGGGAAGAAAUCAUGAUGGUGUUAAAUUGGCGGUGCCCCGUAACCCUUCAGUUUUCCAUAUCAUUGUGCGCACAGGGUGAUUUUUAUCCUUUGGAGUUAAUUUAAGAGCUGUUUUCGCAUCCAUUUUUAAUUUGUUAAAAACUUUGUAAAUUAUAUACUCCAUUGCUAAUGAUAAUUUAAAUAAUUUAUGCUAAUAUAUUAUGUUUAAUUAACUAACAGUGUUAAUCUUUCACGCAAUAAAGAACUUAAA